AUGUUUCUGUUUGAUUGGUUCUAUGGAAUUCUUGCUACGCUUGGUUUGUGGCAAAAAGAGGCGAAGAUUUUGUUUCUAGGGUUAGAUAAUGCUGGGAAAACUACGUUGCUUCACAUGCUUAAAGAUGAGAGAUUAGCACAGCAUCAACCAACUCAACAUCCAACAUCGGAGGAAUUGAGUAUUGGGAAGAUUAAGUUUAAAGCUUUUGAUUUGGGUGGGCAUCAGAUUGCUCGUAGGGUUUGGAGUGAUUAUUAUGCUCAGGUGGAUGCUGUAAUCUAUCUGGUUGAUGCAUAUGACAAGGAAAGAUUUCCGGAAUCAAAGAGGGAGCUGAAUGCUCUUCUUUCUGAUGGGUCACUUGCAGAUGUACCAUUCCUUAUCUUAGGAAACAAGAUUGACAUUCCUUAUGCUGCCUCAGAGGAUGAGUUACGUCAUUAUCUGGGCCUCACCAACUUCACUACAGGCAAGGGCAAGGUUAAUCUUUCUGGCUCCAAUGUCCGACCUAUGGAGGUAUUCAUGUGUAGUAUUGUCCGCAAGAUGGGAUAUGGUGAAGGCUUUCAGUGGCUUUCUCAGUAUAUCAAAUAG